CGAAUUCCGAAUCUUGAAUCCUGUGCCUAAAUGAAGUGAUAGAAACACACAAUUUCAGGUUAAGGAGUAUUGAUUCUUUAAAUUUGAAUUUUGAAAUGAAGACAAAGUAAUAUUCAGACAAGUUGGACUUAAACUGAGAAAGUGUCCUACUUUGUCUACCAAAUAAAUAUAUGAAACGGGAAAAUGAGUGACGAACGAUUUUUAGUUAGUGGUUUUGAGGAUGAUCUUCAAGAUAUUGAUGAAUCGAGAAAUCCAACAGAUAAAUUAGAACAUCAAAUCUUGGAAGCCUGUGAAAAUGGAAACCUUGAGACUGUGAAACAUUUGAUCGAAACUCAUCCGAAUCUUAUAAACGCAACUGACAAAGACAAAUACACUCCCUUACAUAGAGCAUGCUAUAGUAAUCAUAUUGAUAUUGUCAAAUAUUUGAUUCAAAAAGGAGCAAAUGUUGCGGCAAAAACUGAGUUGAAAUGGGAACCUUUACAUUCAUGCUGCCAGUGGAAUAAUAAAGAAUGUGCCGCUGUUUUGCUUCAGAAUGGGGCAGAUGUGAAUGCUGAAUCUGAGGGAAAACAAACGCCUCUACACAUUGCUGCAUCCCAUGGUACUUCUUAUGACACUGUUCAACUUCUCCUAAUGCAUCCAUUCAUUGAUCCCAGUAUAAAGAAUAAUAAUGGAGAAACAGCUGCAGAUAUUGCUAAAAGAAGUUCGAGGUAUUAUAAUAUUUUCGAGAUGGUAGAUCCUCUUAUUGAUGUUAACGAUUUUGGGUUUCUGAAAUGAUGUCCAUAAAAAUUAUUGGAAAAAUCAAUAGAAUAUUGGAGGGCAGAUUGAAUAAUUGCAUAAUGACGAAAAUUGUGAAAAUUAUAUGACAUAUUCUAUUUGCAUUGAGCACUAAGCAGUCCAGCUGUUACCGUUUUCUGUUUUGAGACUUUGAAGAAAUUAAAGUUUGAUAGAGUUUCUGAAAUGAGUAUUUUUUUGUGAAAUAUAGAGUAAAUGUAAUAGUAAAUAAUUUCA